GCACGACCAGGCAGACGCAGACGGUCAGCCAGCCGGCAGCUCCCUGCCUCUGCAGUGUCGGGCAGAAGAUGCGUUAACGGGAAGAGCCCGCGCUGAGCUCCAGUCGCGUCUUGUCUGCCAGAGCGUUUGCGGAACCAAGGCCCGUGGCCUCCUAGAACCGGCAGGAGCAGAAAAUGGAGGAGCCCAGCCUGAGAAAAAGGAGAGAGGACGAGAAGUCGAUCCAGAGUAACGAACCCAAGACCACAAGUCUCCAGAAGGAGGUGGGCCUGCUCAGCGGCAUCUGCAUCAUCGUGGGCACCAUCAUCGGCUCUGGGAUCUUCAUUUCCCCCAAGUCUGUGCUCAGGAACACGGAAGCCGUGGGGCCCUGUCUCAUCAUAUGGGCGGCUUGUGGGAUUCUUGCAACACUGGGUGCCCUGUGCUUUGCGGAGCUUGGUACGAUGAUCACAAAGUCCGGGGGCGAGUACCCUUACCUGAUGGAGGCCUUUGGGCCCAUUCCCGCCUAUCUCUUCUCCUGGACCAGCCUGUUCGUCAUAAAGCCCUCGUCCUUUGCCAUCAUCUGUCUCAGCUUUUCUGAGUAUGUUGCUGCGCCCUUCUACUCGGGCUGCGAGCCUCCUCAGGUUGUCGUGAAAUUCCUGGCUGCCGCCGUCAUCCUGCUUAUCACCACGGUGAACUCGCUGAGCGUGCGGCUGGGCAGCUACGUCCAGAACGUGUUCACAGCGGCCAAGCUGGUGAUCGUGGCCAUCAUCAUCAUCAGUGGACUUGUCCUCCUGGCCCAAGGGAAUACAAGGAAUUUUGAAAAUUCUUUUGAGGGCACAAGACUGUCCGUGGGAGCCAUCAGUCUGGCAUUUUACAAUGGCCUCUGGGCAUAUGACGGAUGGAAUCAGCUCAAUUAUAUCACAGAAGAACUUAGAAACCCUUUCAGAAACCUGCCCCUGGCCAUCAUCAUCGGGAUCCCGCUGGUCACAGGGUGCUACAUCCUCAUGAACGUUUCCUACUUCACUGUGAUGACCGCGACCGAGCUCCUGCAGUCCCAGGCCGUGGCCGUGACGUUUGGUGACCGCGUUCUCUAUCCAGCCUCCUGGGUUGUCCCGCUCUUCGUGGCCUUUUCAACCAUCGGCGCUGCCAACGGGACCUGCUUCACGGCAGGCAGGCUCGUUUACGUUGCUGGCCGGGAAGGCCACAUGAUGAAAGUGCUCUCUUACAUUAGCGUCCGGCGCCUGACUCCAGCCCCUGCUAUCAUCUUUUAUGGGAUCAUAGCGACUAUUUACAUCAUUCCUGGUGACAUAAACUCAUUAGUCAAUUACUUCAGCUUUGCCGCAUGGCUGUUUUAUGGCCUGACGAUUCUGGCACUGAUUGUGAUGAGGUUCACCAGGAAAGAACUGGAAAGGCCUAUCAAGGUGCCCAUCAUCAUCCCUGUCUUUGUGACUCUCGUCUCUGUGUUUCUGGUCUUGGCCCCGAUCAUCAGCCAACCCGCGUGGGAGUAUCUCUACUGUGUGUUAUUCAUGCUCAGCGGCCUCAUAUUUUACUUCCUUUUUGUCUACUUUAAGUUUGGAUGGGCUCAGAAAAUCUCGAAGCCCGUCACCAUGCACCUUCAGAUGCUGAUGGAAGUUGUCCCAGCAGAGGAAGCUCCAGAGUAACACGCUCGGCCUCCCGGAAAGCGUCCAAGCUCUGAUGAGUUUAUUUUUGCCGCACCUCUUUCUGAGCCCCUGUCCCCUUGCCGUGUGUGCUGCCGAGCGGCAUCUUCUGCUGAUGAAGGCGUCCUGGAGAGAAACGGCAGAGGUCAACCCCGAGACGGACAGGCAAAACCCGGCUCUACAGGGCAUCCCAGCGAGAAGGGCAGGCGGCAACAAACGCCCGUGCAGUGCUUCCCACCACGAGCUACAGCGCACAGAGCUCCCGGCUCACGCACAGGUGACACGCAGCGCAGCCGCUCUGCUCGCUGCAGCGGCCCUGGCACCAGACACAGAGCAGGGGAUCGAGGCGCAUUAUCAGAGAAGUGCAGUCACUCAUUUACCAAAAUAAGUCUCCUUUAAGUCAUUUAACUUUGAGAAUAAUGUAUACCACUACCCACUUCAAAGGGGAUAAAAGGGCGGGAAGCAACAGCCCCCUCCUGCCCUCCCCCCGCCCCAGUUCCUCCAUCCCUCUUCCCAGACACACCCUCUUGCCAGUUUGGGUCUGCUUCUAGAAACAUUCUUGCAUAAAAGAGCAAAGCCUGCCGUCUGUAUCUUUCUAUCUAAAACACACGCACACGCAUCUCAACACGCGAGAACCUACCAAGUUCACUUUCUGCCCCUUGUUUUGUUGAACUUAAUAAUGAGAGAUUACUUCAUAUCAUUUAAAUUGUGUUUUUCUUUUGUUUUUUUGAGGAGGUAACCACAUUCAUGUGGUUUAAUAUUUUAAAGUAAAUAAAAAGGUCUACACAGUGAAAAAUCUCCCUCUCACUCCUGUUCCCCAGCCACUCGAUUUCCUUUCUCGCGGGUGACCACGUAAUUCACUUUUUGUGCAUCCUUUUAGAGAGAAUUCAAGCCCAAAGGAGCAAAGCUAUACGAACACACAUACACACACACCCAUGGGGUAGGGGGUGUGCACGGGGCUCUCUGAGGGGACUUCCGAUGGACACGCAUGAAGCCUCCGUGGCAUGGCACCCCCCAAAGGUUGGAGGGCGGCGUCCCAUGUUCCAACCACCCGGCAGGGACCCCUCCCCAGGCCUCGUCCUCCUCAGCUCUGUGCAGCACCAGCCUCACCGCCCACCCCCUCCCUCCACCACGGCUCUGACUUGCUUCACCAGACCCUCAGCUGCUGGGGUUCUGUUCCUUCCUCCUCACACACGCACCCACCUCUGACUCUCCUCGGACCCCAGCAGACCGGAGCCUCCCCGACUCUCCUGAGCUCCAGGCUUGCACCUUCAAUCACCUUACACUAACAUGUCCCAAACCAACUCACAACCUCCUCUUCUCCAACGAGCUCUCUGGGAAACAUCCUGUGACUGUCAACCAUGCCACAUCCUCCCCGUCACGGGGGCGCAGGGUCACUGGAUCACGCUCCCUGAUGUCUGUCAGUCACUACGUCCCAUGGCUUCCAGGUCUUUCCAGUCCCCAGAAUCUGUCGUCCUUCCCGACCUCUACGGAAUGGUGCCAUUCUCCUCGCUUCUGAUCCAGACUACCACCACAGCUUCCCGACCCGCCUCCUGAAUGGGGUCUCUGCCAGGCAGACUCCCGCUGUGGACUCUCACGGUCCCCUGCGCUUCUCUCCACCUUGUGCUGACGACCACAGGUGUGCCAUACUCCUGCACAACCACAACGCCACGUGUGCAGAGGGACCGAGCAGAGAGCUUUGCACAGACCUGGGGCUCAACAGCAGUUACCGUG